GGGUCCUAUUCAGACAGGCGCUACAUUGCUUUCAUUAUGCAACCGGCCGCGGAUACUAAUUUGGUCGAUUUUCUUCAGCAAUGUACUCCAGCGGAAUAUCCUACACUAUCUCGAUUAUUCGGGUGCCUCACAAGUGCCAUCCAUUACCUGCAUGGGAAGUAUGUCCGGCAUCGCGAUAUAUUCUCCCAGAACGUACUCGUUCAUAAUGGAGAGGUGAAGUUAACCGACUUUGGCAACUCCUACAACUGGUCGACGAGCAACAAGAGGACAACCCGCGACAGGAUCCCCAUAAAUGAGGAAUAUGCAGCCCCUGAGGUUGCGCGGGGAAUUCUAAAGAACGAAUACUCAGAUCUUUGGUCCUUGGGGGUGGUGUUCCUUGAAAUGGCAACAACGCUACUUGGAAAAACGAAGGCGGAAUUUGACGAGUUUCUACGAGAU